GUUCACGCCCCCUUCCACGUCGACCUGCACACUCGCCAUAUUUCCAAUCGUCUGAAGCCCUCAGCCCGGUUUGCUGCCACAUUCUGGAGGAGAAGCUUUCACACAAAACUGCACUAAGUUAAAAAACCUACUUCAAAGGAUACAAGGGGACAUCUGUGUUUGCUGGAGUCUGUUAAUUCAUUCUGCAACCAUGAACAUCUUCAGACUGACAGGGGACCUCUCUCAUCUGGCUGCUAUCAUCAUCCUGCUACUCAAAAUAUGGAAAAGCAGGUCGUGUGCAGGUAUCUCUGGAAAAAGCCAAAUCCUGUUUGCUAUCGUGUUCACCGCGCGCUACCUGGACCUGCUCACCUCCUUCAUCUCCCUCUAUAACACCAGCAUGAAGGUGAUCUACAUCGGAUGUGCGUAUGCGACAGUCUACCUGAUCUAUGCGAAGUUCAGGGCCACCUACGAUGGCAACCAUGAUAGUUUCAGAGUGGAGUUCCUGGUUGUUCCCGUCGGGGGUCUCGCUGUUCUCAUCAACCACACCUUCUCUCCUCUGGAGAUCUUGUGGACGUUCUCCAUCUACCUGGAGUCGGUGGCUAUCCUGCCUCAGCUCUUCAUGAUCAGCAAGACUGGCGAGGCGGAGACCAUCACCACCCACUACCUGUUCUGCCUCGGCAUGUAUCGGACUCUCUAUCUCUUCAACUGGGUCUGGCGUUUCUACUUCGAAGGCUUCUUUGACUUGAUCGCCAUCGUGGCCGGAUUGGUCCAGACUGUCCUCUACUGUGACUUCUUCUACCUUUAUGUCACCAAAGUACUGAAAGGCAAGAAGCUGAGCCUGCCGGCAUAAAACGUAAGGAAGGAGAUGGAGACUCCCAGCUGACUCAGGGGGGUGUGGAGAUGACAUCAUGUCAUCUCAUGACCUACAGCGAAAAAUGCCUGAGACAAAGAGCCAACUAUUUGGGGGGAAAACACUAGUCUUCUUGAUGAUUGCUGAUAGGGUAAAUGCCAACAAACAGCGGAGCUGAACAAAAAUCUUACCCAGUCAACGUUUGGAUUUCUGUGUUCAGCAUCUUGCCUUAUACUUAUUUUCAUUGCUGUUCAAUUAGGAGAAAAGGCUUUUUCUUUUUUUUUUACAUGUGAGGUGUAUACGCUUGUUUUUUUUUGUUUUUUUAUAUUGUCACAAAUAGGGUAGACUCUGAAAAGUACCUUGUUUGAAUUGGUAAUGAAAUGCACAAAUGUACAGUCUUAUUAAAGAGUGAGAUGAAGAGGUAAUGUAUCGGAGUGCCUGAUGAGGAUUAUGUCCACUUUCUCACAUCUUUUUCUUUUUUUACUUGUCUGCAUAUACUAUAAUACGUGUAUCUUCUCAUGGAAAUAUUUAAGAAGCCAACAGCAACAGUUUCGCCACAAACACAAACUUGCAUUUUGUAAAAACAUUGAUUUCUAAAAUUGCAUAAAACUCUGUUUUAACAAUUGUCUUUAAAUCUGAUACAUUUUGUAACCGGUUAACAUUACACGAUUUAUAGUUUCAACUUAAGUUUAGGUAACCAAUGAAAUAUAAAACUUAGUGCCAGCAAUCUUUGGGACAAACAUGUCAGUAUUUUUUGAAUGAUGGCUAUUUUGGAAUUAAAUCUUUUGUGUGUUUAUUGAUCUUCUUUCUUCAGCUUGCUGUUUAAUAGACAAAAAAUGCAUCAAUUAUUCCUCAGCUUUAAUAUACAUUUCACCAAAUCUAAACAAUGCUACAUCACAUUGUGGAUGUGGAUAGAGCACACAUUUAGUUUCUGCCAGCAUUGCACCCAGAAACACUCUUGAACACCUUCCAACAGUGACUUGUCAUUUUCCUCAAGGUCGUAAUCAUUGAAGUCAAGAGUAAAGCAAUAAGGAAUAUAGCUGAAUAAUGAUAAUUGACUGAGAAUCGUUCAGCCCUUUGACUGGUGGUGACAUUUCAAUUGUUAACGGUACGUCUGGAGAGUGAACAAAUGUUGGUCUGUUAAGUAGGGGGAUCGCUGUGUUCAAUGGGUGCAUUUCUAUAAUUACCAACUUUGUCUUCUUUUAUUUAAUUUUUUUUGUGCAUGAUAUCACCUCCAUUAAAGAUCUUCUGAGAAUCA